AUGACUACUAGUAGUCCCCAACCUCUGUUCUACCAAUCGUCGAAGUGUGUGGCUCUGUACUUGGAUGCUAAUAAAAGAUUCCAACUAUCCCUACGAUGCCCUGAAUUCCAAAGAGUUCACCAGACCGCAACUCUAAGAGUCCAUGAUCUCAAAAUGCGUCCGAAUGACUUCGUAGUCAACGACACCACUUUCACUAUGGGUGUUAUUCAGAAAUACACUAACACACAAACUCCUGAAUUCGUCAAAGUCCAGAAUGCCAGCGGUGGAAUCAAGCAUGACGUGGAUAGGUAUGGGUUAAGAAGUAAUGGACAAGAGGGGAAUCAAGACGCUCUCAUACUCAUCUUUUUGGAUAAGCAAUUGCGGCAGAUGGUGGCAGAUCGUGAGAGACGAGGAUUGGAUGUAGUGUCUGACUUGGAUCUUGAGGCGAAACAAUUGGAGAUUCUCUCCUAUGUUAUGCGAAUGACUAACCAGGAGCCACCGUUCACUCAAUAUUUUCAAUUGACAUUUUCCAAUGGCACUGUGCAAAACGUGGAGCGUGUGGAGUAUAACAAGAAUCUCAAAAUCACCAGGAAUUACAUUCUUGAAAAAAUCUUUGCCGGUAUGAAAGUUCAAAUCGGAAGACUACAAAUCGGAGGAGACAAAUUCGACUCACUUUUGGGGCGAUUGCUUCGAUUUACUGCAGAGCAAGUGAUAGUUCCCGAGCAACAAGGCAACGCGUUUCAUGGUAAUACACUCAAUGGUCAAAACGAAAAAUUGUUGCCAAUUCAAGAUGGGAAUUUGAAAGUUUCGGAAUUGAUUGUCACUGAUGAAAGUUUGAAUAACGCUAUAGCUGGUAUCAAAACAAGUCUAUCCAAAACUAACGUCUCUUUGAAGAAAUUAACAUGUGCCUAUCAAUCAUUUCCUGAUGACCCAAUUGUUCAAAACGCCGAGUUUUUGUGUGUCGCUGGAUAUGGAACUCUGGAAGUGUUUAAUGAAAGACACAACAAUCGAAUCCAUCUUGGGGAGUGUGAUGUCAUGGAAACGGAUUUUAUGAAUCUUCUCAACAAAUGGGCGAUGGAAAAGAGCGAGGUUGGCAGAUUCUACUCGAUUGGUUUCAAACAAGUCAAGAAAAUAGAGGAACUCUUCACUCUUUUCAAAAACUUUCCAGGUGCUGAAAGAGGGCAUAACGAGGAAACGAGAUUGUCCCAAUUUCCAGAAUGUAUCAUUAUCCCAAUGAGAGAUAAUACUGAGUUGAAUGUGUGGUUUGAGGAAACAAAUGAGGAGGAUAAAGAGUACUGUGACACUAAAUAUAUAGUGAAGAUCAAAGUGCAGAAUAGCGGAUAUGCACUAGUUCAUGGAUCGUUCUAA